CAUAUACCCAUAUAUAUAUAUAUAUAUAUCAUAUCAGCGCGCAACUAAUAACUGUAAAUGAAAGAAAACAUGCAACGCCAUUAUUAUUGCAGGUUUUGCGUCUUCCUUGUGCUUAUUGUGGUGUUGUUGAAGCUGGAGAGCUGCCAUAAACAUGCAGUAGAAGCCGCAUGUGGUUUGCCUGUCAACUUUCUUCCGGGCUUUGAUGGACCUCUUCCAUUUCAACUCCAAACUGGGUACAUUGGAGUACAAAAUGAAGAAAUACAACUUUUCUAUUAUUUCGUAAAGUCAGAUUCAAAUCCCCAAGAAGACCCUCUCAUUCUUUGGAUUACUGGAGGCAAAACAUGCUCAGCAUUGCGUACAAUCUUUCAACAAAUUGGGCCAUUGCUUGUAGAACCAGUGGAGUAUAAUGGGAGUUUGCCCAGGCUGCGACCAUUUCCCUAUUCAUGGACAAAGUUUGCUAGCAUUAUUUUCUUGGAUUCACCGGCUGGAACUGGAUUUUCAUAUGCUACAAAGAGUGUUCAAAACAGUGAUUUGUCGGCAGCUAGCAAUGCAUAUGAAUUUCUUCAAAAGUGGCUAAUUGAUCAUCCGGAAUUCCUCUCAAAUCCUUUUUAUGUUGCCGGUCACUCAUAUGCCGGCCUUAUAGUUCCAAUAAUUACUGAAAUGAUAUCAAAUGGAAUUGAAAGCGGAGUUAAGCCAUUGAUUCAACUUCAGGGAUACAUACUUGGUAGUCCAAGAGCGUUUGAAGCUCAAGAUAACUAUAGAGUUCCAUUUGCUCAUGGAAUGGGACUCAUUACCGAUCAACUAUAUGAGUCACUCAAAAAAAAUUGCAAGGAAGAUUAUAUGAAUACCAAUUCUACUAGUUUACAUUGUCAACGAGAUCUUCAAACUUUUAAUCAGUUGACCGAGAGUAUAAAUCACAAACAUAUUUUGGAGCCUAUUUGUUUGUCUGGUUCUGAUUCUACAAUGUCAUCUCUCAUUAAGUUGCCGGUACAAAAGCCUCUUCAUCAUGACUUGUACACAAAAUUGAAGAUUGAUCCAUUUUUUCUUUGUGGAUUGCAAUGUCGAGAUGAAUGGAGCGAACUUACCCCGUAUUGGGCCAAUGAUUAUCAUGUUCAAAUGGCCCUUCAUGUUCGACAGGGGACUAAGGAAAAAUGGGAACUUUGCAGUGACAGUGUACCAUACACAUCGUCAAUCGGUAACGCUAUACCAUAUCAUAUGAGACUUAGCAAAAAAGGGUAUAGAUCUCUUAUCUACAGUGGUGAUCACGAAAUGAUGAGCACAUGUCUUUCAAAUGAAGCGUGGAUAAAAUUGCUAAAUUAUUCCAUUAUUGAUGACUGGAGGUCAUGGAUGAUUGAAGGUCAAGUUGCAGGGUAUACAACGACAUAUGCUAAUAACAUGACAUUCGUUACUGUGAAGGGAGGAGGUCAUGUUGCACCCGACUAUCGUCCUUUUGAAUCUCAAGUUAUGUUCAAGCGAUGGAUAUCUUAUGAAAAUCUUUAAUUUUAUAUAAAAUUUAGUAGAAAUAAAGUGAGUAAAAGUACUAAAGUUUGUUGAUGUUUUAACUUUUUUAAGUAUUCAAUAAGCAUCUUUGAUAAAUCGAUGCCACCAGUGUUUAAUAAUUCGACAAUAACUAUAAUAUUGUCAAGUUGUGGUUAUUAUAUAUGAAAAUUGGUGUGCUCUCCA